AGUACCUACUUUCUGUGGAGGUGUUAAAUCUCUCUUCAUGGGUUCCCUCACAGAAGCCCCUAGAACAAAUCUUCCCAAUUCAGGCCACCUCGCUCCUCCAGACUUCCUGUCGCUGAAAGAUGUCCCAGACUCAUACUCAUGGCCUCAGAUUGAUUUCAACUCCUCUGUGGGCUUGAAUGAUCCACUAGUAUCUGUACCUGUUGUGGAUCUUACCCAGCCUAAUGUUGUCAAGCUGGUGGGCCGUGCAUGCCAAGAAUGGGGUGCUUUCCAAGUCAUUAACCAUGGUAUCCCCAUGGGCCUAAUAAAGGAUACUGAGUCUGAGGCCCGACGCCUAUUCUCCCUUCCAACUGAACAAAAGCACAAGGCGCUCCGUCCUCCUGAUGGAUCCACCGGCUAUGGCCUUGCUCGUAUCACAGCCUACUUCGACAAGAAGAUGUGGCAUGAGGGCUUCACCAUGAUGGGGUCCCCUGUCGAAGAUGCCAGCAAGCUUUGGCCUGAAAAGUACAAAAGCUUCUGUGAUGUAAUGGAGGAGUACCAAAAGGAGAUGAAGAAGCUAACCGGGAGGUUAAGGAGGCUGAUACUUGCAUCAUUGGGCUUGACUACAGAAGAAGAUUUAAUGUUGGCUGGGCUCGGCCCAUCAGGUGAAUUCACUGAAGGCUGCAUCACUCCUCUCCAGCUGAACUCAUACCCUUCCUGCCCCAACCCAAACCGGGCCAUGGGUCUAGCACCACACACAGAUACAUCCAUAUUCACCAUUCUGUACCAAGGUGAUAUAAGUGGUCUUCAGAUCUUCAGGGAUGGAGUUCAAUGGGUGACAGUGCCACCAGUGCCCGGAGCUUUCGUCGUCAAUGCCGGUGAUCUUCUCCACAUUCUUUCUAAUGGCAGGUACACAGCCGCAGUCCAUCGAGUGCUUGUGAACCAGGCUUACAGUAGGAUCUCCAUUGCUUACUUCUAUAUUCCAACACCCAAUACUCAGAUCAAGCCUUUCUCCAACCUGCUUGAACAGGGCGAUUUCCCUCGCUAUCGUACGGUGUCGUGUGGAGAGUAUAUCAGCACCAAGGCCAAGAAUCAGGGCAAGGCACUCUCUGUGAUUAGCAAUAUGGAACAAAUUGAGAAUCAUGAGAACCAUUAGAACUUUGAA